CGCCUAAUUUUUCAUCCUCGGCGACGAAUCAACAAUGUAAAAAACAGGGAAUAAAAAAAAAAAAUCAAAGACAUCAACAAAACGCAACAAAGGAGAGACAGUGUGUGUUUCCGUUCCUCUCGCACCUCAAUUCUCUUUGAUUCCGUUCAAGCAAAGACCCCACAAAUCUCCACAUUUUCCUCAGCCACAAUGCCAGCUUCUCCCUCUUUCCCUUCAGAUGGCAGAGGCAAAUGGAAGAGGCGAAAGCGGGAGCCCCAAAUCACUCCCAAACAACACCCCAAAUACCAACACCGCGACCCUCAUGAUGACGACGACGACGACGCCAUUGAGGAAGACAACGACAACCGCCACCACCAUCUCGACGGUGAUUCUGAGGACCACCUCAAUCCCGACCUCACCCAGUCUGCUGUUCUUCCUGAUUCCAGCCAUAUUGAAACCGAGGUGUUCGCUGAUGGUGGGGUCCGCAUAUGUGACUUCCCUUCCGUUACGAAGCUUGUGGUGAAUCGGCCCCAUGAGUCGGUUUUGGCUGUAGUGGCCUUAGAGAGCGCGAAUUUGAUUGGGGUCAGUAGUGGUAACGGUAGGAGUCAGGUGCCCAAUUUGGAGAACGUUUCGUACGGGCAACUGCAGGCUGUUUCUGCUGUGCCUGCUGAGGGUUUGGGGUCUGAUCAGGAGAGGAAUGACGGUGGAAAUUCUGCUUAUGUGGUGACGCCGCCUCCAGUUAUGGAGGGAAAAGGUGUUGUAAAACGUUAUGGGACUAGAGUUCAUGUGGUUCCAAUGCAUUCAGAUUGGUUUUCACCGGCUACAGUGAAUCAGUUGGAAAGACAAGUGGUGCCUCAUUUUUUCUCUGGAAAAUCACCAGAUUAUACACCAGAGAAGUACAUGGAAUGUCGGAAUUAUAUUGUUGCUAAAUACAUGGGGAAUCCAGAGAAGAGAAUCUGUGUUUCUGAUUGUCAAGGAUUGGUUUUUGGAAUUGAGAAUGAAGAUUUGGCUCAAAUUGUUAGGUUUCUUGAUCAUUGGGGAAUUAUCAAUUACUGUGCAGCCCCAUCAAGUCAUGAAACCUGGAAUGGUGAGUCCUACUUAAGAGAGGAUCAAAAUGGCGAGGUUCAUGUGCCAUCAGCUGCUUUAAAGUCAAUUGAUAGUUUGAUAAAAUUUGACAAGCCUCAAUGUAGGAUCAAGGCAGCUGAUAUUUAUUCACCAUUGUCAUGUCAUGAUGAUGAUUUCUCUGACUUGGAUAACAGAAUUCGAGAGCGCAUUUCUGAAAAUUGUUGCACUUAUUGUUGUCAGCCUCUUCCUGGCAUGUAUUAUCAGUCACAGAAAGAGAUUGAUAUACUUCUAUGCUCUGACUGCUUCCAUGAUGGGAGGUUUGUGAUCAAUCAUUCAAGCUUGGAUUUUAUAAAGAUGGAUCCAACAAAGGAUUAUAGUGAUUUCAAUGGAGAAAGUUGGAGUGAUCAAGAAACACUGUUGUUGCUUGAGGCAAUGGAAAUUUACAAUGAGAAUUGGAAUGAAAUUGCAGAACAUGUUGGAUCAAAGUCAAAAUCACAAUGCAUUCUUCAUUUUGUUCGUUUACCCAUGGAGGAUGACCUGUUGGAAAAUAUUGAAGUCCGAAGUAUGUCCAAGUUACCUCAUCCAUCAAGUAGAGAUGAUCAUGGAAGACUACAUUCACGGUCAAAUGGAUCCUGCCACCAAGAUGCUGAUGCUGAAAGCAGAAUCCCCUUUGUGAACUCUGGGAAUGCAGUGAUGUCAUUGGUUGCCUUUCUGGCGUCUGCUGUUGGACCAAGAAUUGCAGCAGCAUGUGCCCGUGCAUCCUUGGCAGCAUUGUUCGAGGACAAUAGGGUGAGUUCAGAGAGAUUACAUGGUAGAGAAGGCAAUUUUUAUGGAGAAGUUGCAAAUUCAAUUCAACAAAAGGAAAAAGUGGAAGCUGCUGUGGAAGCUGGUCUUGCUGGUGCUGCAACUAAAGCUAAACUGUUUGCAGAUCAUGAUGAAAGGGAAAUUCAAAGGCUAUCUGCUAAUAUCAUUAACCACCAGUUGAUAUGGAGACAGUUGAAGAGAUUGGAGCUGAAGUUGAAGCACUUUGCCGAAGUGGAAACUUUUCUAAUGAGAGAGUGUGAACAAGUGGAGAAGACUAGGCUAAGGUUUGUUGCUGAGCGCGCCCGCUUUCUAGCAAUGCGGAAUGGACCUCCUAUGUCUGCUUCACAAAUGAACAUAGCAGGUGUUUCUCCUUCCAUGGUUAACAACAACGUUGGCAGCAAUAGGCAACAAGUAAUGCCUACCGCUUCUUCGCAGCCAAGUGUUUCAGGAUAUGGCAACAAUCAACAAGCUCAUCCCCGCAUGCCAUUUAUGCAACUGGGACAACCACAACCAAUGUUGCCAUUAGGGCCUAGGCAGCCCUUAACAGCCAUGCAGCCAUCCUCAUCUAUUCCAUCAAAUGCCAUGUUCAAUGCCUCCGGAAAUUCCCAGUCCAGUCUCAAUCAAAUGCUGAGGUCUGUGUCGGGGCCGAGCUCUGGUCUAUGUUGAAAUAGAAGAAUAGAUGUAAAUGGUGAAGCCUAUGGUUAAUGUUGUUGGCUACUGGCUCACUUUCUCCGCUGCAACUUGGAUGGAGGAUGAUAUUAGUGGGGAUAAAGAAAGUUCCAUCUCCCCUGGCUUUUGAAGGUUUGAUCUGAAUAUAGAUUCCCUGGUGCAGGUUGUAGGGCUUGUAACCCCCAAGUGUUUGGAUUGAAUUAUCAACUGUUGUAAUGGAUUAGGAAAAUUUGUUUUUCAAUGUUAAUUUCAUUAUUAAAAA